AUGGUAUCAGAGCAGGUUCUGACCUUGGGACCUCGUCUUCACUUCCGCUGCGACGAGUACCCACCAUUUGUGGUUCACGCACCAAGCCCAAUAAGUGCUGGGCGUGAAGGGGGUGUAUUGGGAAAUACCCAAGUCCCACAUCGGCUGCCUCAAUCCUUGGAGUGCGGCUUAUAUAUCUGUUGGGCAACUUCAGUUAAUGCCAAUUGCAUUUCAACAUUUCAAGUGAGUUUGAGUACUGAAAAUGGUUUCAAUUUGGAGGUUGAAGAAGUUCUGCUUGGUGGAGCCGGGUACAUGUGCACCACUUGGUGGCUUCUCUCUUUGGUGUAUGGGUGCUUGCCUGCCACGUUGUUUGGCUUUGAGGCACCAGAGUCACCUGGGGUAAGGCUAAGCCGUGAGGGAGUCACUGCACUUCACCCAGUUGUUCUUGUACCGGGCAUUGUGAUUGGUGGGUUGGAGCUUUGGGAAGGGAGGUCUUGUGCUGAAGGACUUUUCAGAAAACGGUUGUGGGGUGAUAGUUUUGUUCAAAUCCUCAAAAGACCUUUGUGCUGGUUAGAGCAUCUCUCCUUGCAUGAUGAGACUGGGCUGGACCCUCCAGGCAUUAGAGUCAGGGCAGUGCCAGGGCUUGUUGCUGCUGAUAAUUUUGCUUCUGGUUAUCUUCUUUGGGCAGAUUUGAUUGAAAAUUUGGCAAGAAUUGGUUAUGAAGGGAGGAAUUUGUUCAUGUCUGCCUAUGACUGGAGACUGUCUUUCCAGAAUACUGAGAUUCGAGACCAAGCUCUUAGUAGAUUGAAGAGUCAUAUUGAGCUUAUGUUUGUAACAAAUGGCUAUAAGAAAGUGGUAGUGGUACCACAAUCUAUGGGGGCUAUUUAUUUUCUCCAUUUCCUAAAAUGGGUUGAGACACCUCCUCCCAUGGGAGGAGGCGGUGGUGGUCCAGGUUGGUGUGACAAGUACAUCAAAGCAAUCAUGAAUAUUAGCCCUGCAUUUCUUGGUGAUCCUAGGGCAGUUAGCAAUAUAUUUUCAACCGAAGGCAGUGUUACAUUUGUCAGAGCUUUGGCUUCUGGCAUUUUAAAUUUUGAUUACCUUGGUCGUCAAACUCUUGAGCGAGUUAUGCGGGUGUGUAGAACGUGGGAUUCAAUCAUCUCAUUGAUGCCAAAAGGUGGUGAAACCAUCUGGGGUGGCUUGGAUUGGUGUCUUGAACAAUGGAAUACCUAUGAUCAGGUAAAGAAGGAAUAUGUGAAGCACUUUGCAAGCUCACAGUUACCUGAUUCACUUCUCAUUACCCUUCAUUCAGAGAUACCAUAA